AAGCAAAGCGCGAUAGUCGUGUCGUCGUUGUCUCGGGCUGAGUUACGGGGUGGGCAAGUAAUUUUUCGAAUUAAAUCUAUUUCGCAUUGAUUAAUUGCUAUAUGAUAUAACUACAACUACCGCAACACAUUUCAAUUGGGUUGCGCUUGCAACGCAAGCCUUUUUUGAGGACUACAACAAACUGAAAAGACUGAAACUCAACGAUUUCUAAUCACUCUCAAAGACUUUCUACUACACACAUCCACAAAGUAACAUCACAUCUGCUGACAGCCAUAGAGGAAAAACGCUCCACACAUAACAUAAAAGUGUGCCAAAUCCAGAUCGCAGUUCAUUUCUUAAGCCACGCUUAAGAAAACAAAAGAGAGAAUUUGUAUAAAACAGAAGAAGCGCAACCAGAGCAACAUAACUAAACCAAUUGGCUGGGCGCUUGGCGACUGUGUGGUACACAUUUAAAUACAUAUUGAUGCACAAGGGGCGUGAAGUGGCACGGGACGUUUUUCCGAGUUUCGCUUUGGACAACGACGACGACAACCGAUAAUAGAAAUUAUAAUAUGAACGGCAAGCCGGCGGCAAUGAACAGUAGCGUCGCAUCCAGCGUGGAUUUGUACAUCACGCACUUGGAUCAUGUGGGACCCUAUCUCAAGAUAUACGGUCAGGCCAAUCGGGAUGCGGCCUUUUUGGUCAGCAAGCGGAUCGAGACGCUGCUGCCCACCUGCUUUGCCAUAGACCCGAGCUGGUCAAAUGAACGCCAACAGGCGCUGCUCACUCCGGGCACAUUCUGUGUAUUCAAGCGCACAAAGGGAGCUGCUCCUGGCGAUGUGGAGUACAUGCGGACACGCGUCCUCACCGCUGGAUUAGAUGACAAGCAGUUGAGCAAUCGCAACCAGAUGCGGGUCGAGAUUGAGUUUCUUGAUUACGGCUACAAGCGUAAUGUGAGCAGUCACGAUCUGCUCUUCUCCAAACAACCGCAGCUGCUGCAGAAUGUGCCAGUUUUGUGUUCGCAGUACAUUGUGCUCGGCAUUUGCUCGGAAUGGGAUCAAUCGGAGCUGGAUGAAGUGCAACAGCUGAUUGGCAAUCAUGUGGUCAGCAUUGAGGUGGAUCCCAAUCACAUAUGUGGUCAAAAGUUUGCCAGCGUACGCUGGAAGGAUUUCGAACUCAACGAAUAUCUGGUGCAACAGAAACAAAUUGGCGCUCCAAUUGCCAAUGAUCUGAUCAUGGAUCAUUGCAAGAAACUGUGGAAGGUGGCGCCACAGUCGCCAGUCAUUGAGUACAACAACAAUAACAUACAGAGCAGUGGCAACUCCCAAAAGACGCCCACAGAUGUGGCACGAGAACAGCUUGCGGCACGUUUCUCACUUGCCGCUCGCCUGGACGUGCAUCGCACGCUCAACACAACGCCACCACGACCGCUUAAAUCCACAGCGGUCAACGAAUUUACACCACCCAAGCAACAACAACAACAACCACAGCCGCAGCCACAACAGUUGCCGCAACAGUUGCAGGUGCAAGCACCGCAGAUGAUGCCAUCGCCAACGCCUUUGGCCAAUUUGACAAAUGUUCUGCCAGCCACGACGGUUCAGGCAACUGGACACUUGCUGGCUAAUGCUCAGAAACCCGCCUAUGCUGCGGGUCACGCCUUUAAUCAACCACGUGCCAAUUACCAAUCUUCCGAAGCAACAUCGAGUCUGUUGCCCACGCACAAUGUCUUCACGCCCAAGACAAGUCCCAGGCCAUUGAAUAUGUACUACAAUGUGCGACUCAAUAAUCCGAUGCAGCCACCGCUGGUGCAGAUGCCAAAGCAACCUUCAUUAAGCUAUGCACCCGCACGUUAUGCUCUGUCGCAGCCACCGACAAAUGCUGCACAAAAGCAACAACAACAACAACAAGCAAUGCAGUCACUUAUUCCGGCCUUUCGCACCACAAGUCUGACGGUGGGCUUAACCUACGAUGUCUAUGUGAGCUUCGUGGAGAAUGGCCCGCAUUUGUUUUGGGUGCAACUGAAGAGUGCCGCUAAUGAUCUGGAUGCCAUGAUGGGACAGAUUGAGCAUAUGCGUCUGCAGACGCUUAGCAAGUAUCCGGGUGUGGGUACUGCCUGUGUGGCACGUUUCUCCGAGGAUGGCCAUUUCUAUCGUGCCUUAGUUAGUGCUGUUUACGGCCAACGUUAUCGUGUUGUCUAUGUCGAUUAUGGCAACUCGGAGAUGCUCUCCUUCACAGAUCUCUUCCAAAUUCCCCAGGAGCUGCUGCAAAUCAAACCAUUUGCCUUUCGCUUUGCCCUCGCCGGCGCCAAGGAGCUGGGUGCUCUCGAUGAAAGCCUGAAACGCAUCUUUAAGAACUCGGCAUUGUAUAUCAACUUCCAGCUGACGGUGCAGGCACCGGAGAGCGUCGGUUCCAUGCAAACCUGCCAGCUCCUGCUUAAUGGCAACAGCAUGCUGGACGUGCUCAAGAAGCUAAAGAACUCUCAGCAAGCUUAUGCCAAGGCGGAUCAAUUACAGAAUGAUGAUGCCGUUGAAAUACGUUACAUUGACUCGCCCAGCAACUUUUAUGUGCAGAAGGUGAACAACAUAAAGCAGUUUGAAGAACUAAUGGAUGAGAUGUUUGCCUAUUACAAUACCAAUCAAAUGGUGCCGGAUCAGCUUGUGCUGGGUGCACCCUGUGUGGUGAAGUGUGAUCGGGAAUGGUACAGGGCAGAGCUCUUACGUGUGGAUGAUGCCACAAUCAUAGUGCGUCAUGUGGACUUUGGCUAUGAGCAGCAUGUGAAGCGUCAUUUGAUUGGCAUCAUUGCGGAGAAGCAUCUGAAGAUGCCACGCCAGGCGAUCAAGUGCUGUCUCAAGGGAUUCGAGAACAGCGAACUGAGCAUGGACAAUAUUACUGAUCAGUUUGAGAUGCUAGCCGAGGAAUCCAACAUCAGGCGUCGCACAUUCAGUGUGCGCGUCUUUCGCAUCGAACCCGAUGGCCUCAAUGUGGUCAAUCUGCUGGCCAAGAAUCUAAAUGUAAUGAAGAAACUCUACAAAUUGUCAAUGCCAUUCGAACAAUAUCUUUCCCUGGAGAAGGGUCAGUUCAAUGCCAAUGUGACGCGUGCCGAGUCCAUGGCCUCCGAUGUGAUACCAAAGCAGCUGGAGAAGGGCGAAGUGCUCAACUCGACCACCGUGGAGAGUGAGGAUCGUAUGCAAAUGCAGAAGCAGACGCGCUCCAAGAAUGUCAACAUCAAUGCCAGCGACUGGGACAAACACAGCUCUGCCUCGGCCAGCUCCAAGGAUACUCAAUCACAGCAAAGCAGCUCGAAGCGGUCCCAACAGCAGAGUCGCCAACCACAGGAUAAUAAAUUGGUUAGACGCAGUCGCGAUAUAAACUUGGACAGCUUCGAGAGCCGCAGCACGAGCAGCUACACCAGCGGCAUGAGCUCUCCGCGCAAGGGAAACCGUCAAAAUGGACGCAAUCGCACGGAUUCUCCACGUCUGCAAAACGGCAAACAGGAGGCGAACAAAAAUACUCGCUUUAGCAACAGUCAAUCACCACGCAAGGAUCAACAGCAGUCCCAACGCAAUUCGCCGAAUCAACGUUCUCAGAAUGCACCACAGGGAUUUGCACAGAAGCCGCAAAGACAAAAGUCCACGUUGGAUGGCACAGUUGGCAGCUCGAAGCGUUCCAGCGGCGUGGAAAGCGAUGCAGCGUCCAGCAAUGAGACGGCAUCUCCCAAACCGAUGCCAGAACCAGAGAAGGAGAAAUAUGUGGCACUGGACAAAGCAUUUGUAAUGCAGGAUAUCAAAACACCCAGCAAGGAGGCGGCUAGUCUCUCCUGGUGGGUAUCGCCAUUCCAAUUCUACGUAGUGCCAAAGAGUCUUGCUGCCAAAUACGAUAAUCUGCUGCGUGAGAUGAGACAGUUCUAUCGCCAGAAGCCACAUCAGCCACUCCAGCUGAAGGUGAACUCCAGCGUGGUGGUGCGACAGCGCAAGGAUAAUGCCAUAUUACGUGGCACGGUCGUUGCCUGCAAUCAUAUGCUGCGUAAAUAUCGUAUCUUCUGUGUGGACACCGGAAAUAUGCUGACAGUCACCUCUGAGGAUGUGUGGCAAGUGGAGCAACGUUUCGCUGAGCCUCCUUGCCUCGCCCAACGUUGCAGCUUCGAUAAUGUUGUUACCAACUAUGAUCACUUGUAUAUUGUGGAUCGCAUGGAGAAGUUUGUGCCCGCAAAUGCCAAAGUUGAAUGUGAAUUUAGCUCGAAAUACAACAACACGUACAUCGUCAAGAUGCUGGUCAAUGGCGCCUCCCUGCGGGACACGCUCAUCAAUGCACAGUUCCUAACUGAGGUGGCAGAGCAGGUGCGCGUUAGUCUUUUGGCUGGUCAACAAGUGCGUGGCAAAUUCACUUCCAUCCGGGACAUGACCAACUUUAAGAUACAACUGGAAAGCUGCCCUGAUGUUAACUUCUUGUGCAGCUACGAUGAUGUCAAGUUUGUCAAGUCUAACAAGGAUUUGGCCAAGCCCUUUAAGGAACACUACGAGGGCAAAUCGUAUGCCUUGAAUAUCAAACAUGUCUGCGAGAAUAAUAUCAUUCACUUGCGUCCUGUAAUGCCGCUGCUCAAGGAGGAGCGCAGUGCCUUCAUCUGCGGUUAUCCCAUUUUGGUGAACAACUUCCAGGCUCUUGUAGUCUACACGGCAAAGUCCUAUCGCAUCUUUGUGCAACCCAGCGUUGAGAAGGCAUCCAUGAAGAAAUUACUAGAUGAUAUGUAUGAGUAUUACAACAAGAAGGGAAAACAACUGCGCAAGUUUGAAAAGGAUCAAAUCUGUGCAGCUUUGAGUACCGAUGGAAAUUGGUAUCGUGCGCGCAUUGUGGCCAAGGAUGCCAAGGGAGCGCGUCUCGAUGUCUUCUACUUGGACUAUGGCAACACUGAGCAACUGCCUCGAGAUCAACUGAAGCAGCUGGAGGAGAAAUUUUAUGCGAAUCGUAGCUGUUAUGCUGUUGAAAUUAAUUUGCCAUUCGGUCGCAUUCACAAUGAUGAGAAGUUGAAGACACGUCUGGCGAAUCUCUUGGAUGAGCAGUUGGUCAUUGUGAAGCCCAUUGAGACGCGUCGGAGUCACCUCAUUGCGGAUGUCAUGAUUGCCAAUGGUAAAGAGAGCAUUGUGGAUACUUUGAAGGCGGAAAAGCUCAUUGCUAGCCGAGAUAUUGAUUAUAUGCGCAAGCAGCUGGAUAAGGAGAAGCCUUACAUUUAUGAGUAUAUCGAGUGUGUGGAUCUGACCACCGAUGACGAUGAAGAACUGCAGCAACGCAAGCAAGGCGGCAAAUCAAAUUCAGUUAACAAUUCGCCCAAGACAAAGAAGGAGCCAAGGGAGCCAAAGGAAUCGAAGCAACGCCAGAAACAGCAAGAGCAAGUUGCUUCAGCUGUGGAGAAACCAGUUGCUCCUGUUGUGACUGCCGAGUCGAAGCCAAAAACUGAAGUUAAAGAAGUGGCAGCAGUUAGGCAGGUGCAGGAGGAGCAGAAGGAACUACAGCCCGCUCAAACUGCAGCUGCUGUAAUUGAAGAACCUAUUGCAAUCUUACCUCCGCCAAGUGCUGAGGCUGUUGUUGAAGCUGCUCCCAUUGCUGCCGUGCCUGAUCCCGUUCCCGAUCCCUACAAGGACAUGGAGACAGCUGUGCUGAGUCAUUGCGAUAAUCCAGCUCAUUUCUAUGUGCAUCCCAUGGAUGCAUUGCCCAAACUAAAGCGUUUGACUGAGAAUCUACAGAUUAUAUCGCCAUCGAUGCCUCAGCUCUUGGAGAUUGUGAACGGUGCCGAUUGCAUCUCGAUGUACUCCAUGGAUAAAUCCUGGUAUCGUGCUAAAAUCAUCGAUGCCGAAUUGAUGGUGCUCCAGUUCAUUGACUUUGGCAACACCGAUUGCGUCUCGGAUGCUAAGGAGAUUAAGCAGAGCCUCUGCUCGCAAUCGGAACCUUUCUGUCUGCCCUUUGCACUGCCCAUCGCUCCCAAGGGCAAACUGGACUGGGCAGAUGCAGCCAAUGGCAUAUUCAAUGAUUCGUAUGAAAAGAUAUUGCACUAUGAAUACUUGACACGUGGCGAUUGCUACACAAUAAGCUAUGUUAAUCUCUACAUUGAGGGCGUUGAUGUGGCCAAGAAACUCAUUGCUGACGGCUAUGCCAAGCCCUUGGAUUAUGUCAGCAGCGGAAGCACUUGUUACAUCUCCCAUGCGAAUAGCAUCAGUGACUUUUACAUACAACUCGAAAGCGACUCGAAGGCCUUGGAACUGAUUGAAUUGUAUCUGGGGGAUGCGGAGCAAAAGCUGCAGCCAUUGCAACGCUUUGAAAAGGACAGCAUUGUGGCCGCUCUCUUCGACGAUGAUGGACUCUUCUAUCGCGCAGAGUUGCUGCGUCAACUCCCAGGUGAACGAUACGAGGUGCGUUUCAUUGAUUACGGCAACACGUCCAGCACUGGCAAGUGUCUUUUGCUCUCGGAGGAGAUUGCAAGUGUGCCGAGUUUGUCCAAGAGAUGUAGCCUACAGUUGCCAGAGGAUUAUGUUGCCUGGUCAAAGGAGGCGGAGGCAAAGUUUACGGAGCUAACAGGCGAAGGUGAAUUGGUUUUUACCACACAAUUGCUGAAGCCUGGAUUGGAGCAUGUCAUCAUACAUUUACUGCUCGAUGAGGAUAAUAUUUUGGAUCAAUUGCUGCCUCUUUGUACACAGAAACAACCGGAGAAGCAGCCAGAACCCGUUUUGGAGUCUAGCACUGAGUCUGAAGCUAGUUCAAGCAAUGUUAUGGCCAUUGUCACACAUGUGGACAGUCCGUUGAGCUUCUAUCUGCAACUGGAGUCGAACAAUGCACUCAUUGACAGCACGUGUGAGCAGCUUAAUGGGGAGCAUGCCAAGCUGCAGCCCAUCCAGGGAGUUGCCCAGUUGGGUCAACUAUGCGUUGCACAAUUCGCCGAUGACAAUGAGUUCUAUCGUGCUCGCAUUCUGGAACAGUUGCCGGCCCAGCAAUCGCUGCAGUAUCGUGUGCUCUUUAUAGAUUAUGGCAAUCAAGCUCUUGUGGAUAAGCUGUUUGAGUUGCCUGGCGAUCUGGCGCAGCUGAAGCCUCUGGCAGAGCUUCAUUCACUGGAAACUUCUCCUAACUUUAUCAAGUAUCCCAAGGAAUCACGCGAGGCACUGGACGCACUCGUUGACAGUUGCAACGGCGAGGUUGCCGUCGAGUUUGUCAACAAGGCAAGUCAACCUCCAGUUGUUAAGCUAAAGACCAUGGAUAAUGCGUUGAACAUUCACGAGCAGCUGAAAAAAUUGCUUGAGGCGGAGCAGGAUAAGAUCAAUGGCAAGGAAUGCAUCAUUUCGCAUGGUGAUUCACCUCAUAGUUUCUAUGUGCAACUAAAAAAGCGAUCCGCUGAUCUCGAUCUCAUUGUUAAGACGCUGCUGGGCAGACAACUAGAUAAGCUAGCGAAUCCCUGCGAGAAAUUGAAUGGUGUGUGCUAUUCCCAAGAGGAUGAUUGCAACUAUCGCUGCUGCAUUAAUUCAAUACUCCCCGAGGACAAGGGCUAUGAGGUAUUCCUCAUUGACUAUGGCAACACAAUUGUCACCCAAGAGAUUUACAAUUUGCCCGAAGAGAUCUGGCAAAUACCUCCAUUGGCCUUCCACUGUCAGCUCAAUGAGAUUCCGGAGAAUAUCACAAAUGAUAUAUUUGCUGUGCUGCUCGAGCAGCACUUUGGCGAGGUCUACGAGAUUGUUGGCGAACUGAAGGAGGAUCAAAACACUCUACAGACUGUCCAGUUGCGCAUCAACUACAAGGACUUUGCUGAGGAGUUGGCCAACGCUGUGGCCGGCGUACAGAAACCUUUGCAAGUGGAGCUACACAAUUGCAUCGUAGUGCAGUUUGAUAAUGCCAAGUCCUUCUAUGUGCAAAUGGAACAGGAUGUGCCAGCACUGGAGGAAAUAACCGAUAAAAUGCUCGAUGCCGAGCAAAACUUUGGGAUCUUUAAUGAUUUGCAAGUGGGCGCCAUUUGUGUGGCCAAGUUUCCCGAGGAUGAGGUCUUCUAUCGGGCCGAAAUAGUUAAGGUCCUGGAUGAUGGUAAAUGCGAGGUGCAUUUCAUAGAUUUUGGCAACAAUGCCGUCACCGAUCAGUUCCGUCAGCUGCCCGAGGAGUUGGCCAAGGCGCCACGUUACAGUAAACACUGUGAGCUGGAAAGCGCCACGAUUGCUAAGUGCGAUGUGGCUGCAUUGGGUGCGUUUAUCGAUACACGCUUCUCGGAGACAUUCCAGCUGGAGAUUCUGGCCAAAAAGGAUGAGCAAGACACGCAUGUCGUGCGUCUCUUCUACCAGAAUACAAACAUUAGCGACAAACUGCGACUGCAGGAGAAACCCUAAGAGAUAUCCCCCAAGAGAAUCCCAAACAAAUCCGUCAAGAGAAGCCGUCACAUGUCCAUCAAGAGGCAUACGUUAUGAGGAUGCUAUAAGCAUCCAGACACACACACAUACACACUCAAGAAUGAUUGCAAUAUUAAUGUGCAAAAAGAUUGUGAUUAGUUUGGCUAAAAUAACCGUUGUAUUACCUAAUUUAGUUGAACAAGUUAAACUUAUUCAAAGCGAAGCAAUGAAAAGCUCAUAAUUUUUUCAUUUUUGCUGCAAAGCCAGAAGCUUCAUUGAUUUUUCAUGGAAAACCAAAAUGAAAGCUCAUUUAUUUUAUAAUUUGUAAUUAACUAAUCAAAUUAUUUGAAUGAAAAAAAAAAUACAAAAAAACGAACACAUUUAUAAAAACAAAAGAAAAACGAACAAAAAAAAAACGAAAAACAAACAACAAAAAAAUUGCAUUAACAAACGAAAGAAAUGCAACUAAAAAAAAUUUGUGAAAUAUUUUAGAUGGAAAUCUAAACUAACGAAAAGGGUUAAUUAAUUUAAAAUAAAGGCAGUGGACGAGUAAUUGCUCAAUUAAAACACAACACAUAUACACAUACACAUUUAAAGCAAUUUUACAUAAUCAAAUACCGCCUCAACAAAAGUGUGUUUAAAAACGUUGAGGAGGGAAUAAUUUAU